AGCAGAACCAUCCUACUCCGCGCUUGGGCUCGGCGUCUUUUCGUUGCUUCGCUGUCUCCCCUGCUUCCUUUCCACCUCCUGCGUCACGAGCCAACACCUCCGCCGCCCCCCGGGAGCUUGCAGUUGUCGUCGCUCCGGCCUUCCCCGUUUCGACCUCGAGCCGUCUGUUGUGGCUCUGCCUUCGGCCACUACGCGCGCAAGCCUCGAUCCCUGAUCGAACUCCAUUGUCGAUCGCAUAUACCAACGUCUCUCUUGCUCUCCCCGUUCCGAUCGCUGCAGCGAUAUCCUCCCCAUUGCGCCGCCCAUAACCUUCCGUCCGCAAUCACAUCUGUCUGUUUGGGUCGUUGGAGCUGCCACUCGUCUGGGUAUUCGCCUCUCCCGUCGGCGUUGGGUCUCAGCGUCCUGACAGGUUGAUGCCGUAUCCUUCCGCAGGCAGCUAAUGGGUUAGCUUUUCGCUGUCUGGGAAUCAUACCGAGAACAUGGGUUCGUGUGUGAGCACGGAAGCGACAGGAGAUGCGGAGUCGAAGCGGAGGAGCCAAGCAAUCGACCGAAAACUAGAAGAGGACUCUAGGCGACUACGGCGAGAGUGCAAGAUCCUAUUGCUUGGUUCCGGAGAAAGCGGCAAGUCGACCAUCGUCAAGCAAAUGAAGAUCAUCCACCAAAAUGGGUACACAGUUGAAGAGCUGGCGUUAUAUCGCCUAACGGUCUACAAGAACCUCCUCGAUUGUACCAAAUCUCUCAUCGCAGCCUACCACCAGUUCUCGCUAGAACCUUCAAGUCAAAAAGUCCGCGACUACAUCCAAUUCCUUUCCGAUUAUAACAUUGACCCUGAUCCAAAUAUACCCCUGGAUUCUCGGGUCGGUGAUGCGAUAACGUAUCUCUGGAAUGACCCUUGUACUUCCAAUGUGCUGGAGCAUCAGAACGAAUUCUAUCUGAUGGAUUCCGCGCCAUAUUUCUUUGAUGAAGCUAAGCGGAUAGCUUCCCCAGAUUACAUACCCAACGUAAAUGAUGUACUCCGCGCGCGGACAAAAACGACAGGUAUAUAUGAGACGCGAUUUACCAUGGGCCAGCUUAGCAUACAUAUGUUCGAUGUUGGCGGCCAGCGGAGCGAGCGGAAGAAGUGGAUUCAUUGCUUUGAAAACGUAACAUCCAUCAUCUUCUGCGUGGCGCUGAGUGAGUAUGACCAAGUAUUAUUGGAGGAGAGCAAUCAGAAUCGCAUGAUGGAAAGCUUAGUCCUGUUCGAUUCCGUGGUUAAUUCUCGAUGGUUUAUGCGAACGAGCAUAAUUCUUUUCCUAAACAAGGUCGAUCUUUUCAAACAAAAGCUUCCUCGAUCUCCAUUGAACCAUUACUUUCCGGACUAUUCAGGCGGCAAUGACGUGAAUCGGGCGGCCAAAUACCUUCUUUGGAGAUUCAAUCAAGUCAACAGAGCGCAUCUGAAUCUUUACCCUCAUCUGACUCAGGCUACCGACACGACGAAUAUCCGUCUGGUAUUCGCCGCUGUAAAGGAAACGAUCCUGCAAAAUGCCCUCAAGGAUUCGGGUAUUCUGUGAGGCAGCUAUCGUUAGAAGAGCAACUAGACCCGGUUUACGUUAGCGAGAUUCUCCACUUUGGCGAUUGCCUACGUUGUGUAGAGGCCGUCCUAUCGGCCCUCUCACUAGUCAGUCUUCCAGCCCGGUUUUACUGAUGAACCUCAUUUUUCUCUGAAGCUUCGAUGCUUCUGAUUUGCACCCUUUUUGCAGCUUUGGCGUUCGUUAUCUUUUGAUUUUCUUUGUUCCUUU